CGGCGGUGACAGGAGACGGCCGAGACGCGGGCCCUCGCCCUCACCUCCACCCGCGCGCCGCUCGCCGCCGCCGAGGCCCUCCGCUCGCUUCGCUGGCCGCAUCCCCUCCCCGACCCUCCCCGGCUGCACUUCGGAAGUGAUGGCCCAAGUAGCGAUGUCCACAAUGCCUGCCGAAGAUGAGGAGUCCUCAGAGAGCAGGAUGGUGGUGACGUUCCUCAUGUCUGCCCUGGAGUCCAUGUGUAAGGAGCUGGCCAAGUCCAAGGCUGAGGUCGCCUGCAUCGCCGUGUAUGAGACAGACGUGUUUGUUGUUGGAACUGAGAGAGGACGUGCUUUUGUCAAUACCAGAAAAGAUUUCCAAAAAGAUUUUGUAAAAUAUUGUGUUGAAGAAGAGGAAAAGGCCACUGAGAUGCAUAAGAUGAAGUCGCCGACGCAGACGAAUCGGAUGAGCGUGGAUGCUGUGGAAAUCGAAACCCUCAGAAAGACGGUGGAGGAUUAUUUCUGUUUUUGCUAUGGGAAAGCUUUAGGCAAAUCCACAGUGGUCCCUGUGCCGUAUGAGAAGAUGCUGCGGGACCAGUCGGCUGUGGUGGUCCAGGGACUUCCCGAGGGAGUUGCCUUCAAGCAUCCUGAGCACUACGACCUUGCAACCUUGAAGUGGAUUUUGGAGAACAAGGCAGGGAUUUCGUUCAUCAUUAAGAGACCUUUCCUUGAGCCGAAGAAACACCUUGGUGGUCGAGUGAUGGCAGCAGAUGCUGAGAGGCCCCUCCUGUCUCCUGGUGGAAGCUGUGGCCCCAUCAAAGUGAAAACGGAGCCCACAGAAGAUUCUGGCAUUUCUCUGGAAAUGGCUGCUGUGACAGUGAAGGAGGAGUCAGAAGACCCUGACUACUAUCAGUAUAAUAUUCAAGCAGGCCCUUCUGAAACUGAUGAUGUUGAUGAAAAGCUCCCCCUUUCGAAGGCUUUGCAAGGAAGCCAUCAUUCUUCAGAAGGCAACGAAGGAACAGAAGUGGAAGUGCCAGCAGAAGAUUCUACUCAACAUGUCCCUUCAGAAACAAGUGAGGACCCUGAAGUUGAGGUGACUAUUGAAGAUGAUGAUUACUCCCCACCCACCAAGAGGCCAAAGAGCAGUGAGCCGCCGCCGCCCCCGCCCGUCCCGGAACCCACCAAUGCAGGGAAGCGCAAAGUGAGGGAGUUCAACUUCGAGAAAUGGAAUGCACGCAUCACCGACCUGCGGAAACAAGUUGAAGAGUUGUUCGAAAGAAAAUACGCUCAAGCUAUAAAAGCCAAAGGUCCGGUGACGAUCCCAUACCCUCUUUUCCAGUCCCAUGUUGAAGAUCUUUAUGUAGAAGGGCUUCCGGAAGGGAUUCCUUUUAGAAGGCCAUCGACAUACGGCAUUCCUCGCCUUGAGAGGAUAUUGCUGGCCAAGGAAAGGAUCCGCUUUGUGAUUAAGAAACACGAGCUUCUGAACUCCACACGGGAAGAUUUACAGCUUGAUAAGCCAACAUCAGGAGUAAAGGAAGAGUGGUACGCGCGGAUCACCAAAUUGAGGAAGAUGGUUGACCAGCUUUUCUGCAAGAAAUUUGCUGAGGCCUUGGGGAGCACUGAAGCCAAGGCUGUACCAUACCAAAAAUUUGAGGCCCAUCCCAAUGAUCUCUACGUGGAAGGACUUCCAGAAAACAUUCCUUUCCGAAGCCCCUCAUGGUAUGGAAUCCCAAGACUGGAAAAAAUCAUCCAAGUGGGCAAUCGAAUUAAAUUUGUUAUCAAAAGACCAGAACUUCUGACUCACAGUACAACUGAAGUGACUCAGCCACGGACAAAUACGCCAGUCAAAGAAGAUUGGAAUGUCAGAAUCACCAAGCUCCGCAAGCAAGUGGAGGAGAUCUUUAAUUUGAAGUUUGCUCAAGCUCUCGGCCUCACGGAGGCCGUGAAGGUGCCGUAUCCUGUGUUCGAAUCGAAUCCAGAGUUCCUGUACGUGGAAGGGCUCCCUGAAGGGAUUCCCUUCCGAAGCCCCACCUGGUUUGGGAUUCCACGCCUCGAGAGGAUUGUUCGUGGGAGCAAUAAGAUCAAGUUUGUUGUUAAAAAGCCUGAGCUGGUUGUGUCCUACUUGCCUCCUGGGAUGGCUAGCAAAGUCAACACUAAAGCAUUGCAGUCCCCAAAACGACCUCGAAGCCCUGGGAGCAACUCCAAGGUCCCGGAGAUUGAGGUCACUGUGGAAGGCCCCAAUAACAACAGCCCUCAGCCCUCCACCGUUCGAACUCCCACCCAGACCAACGGUUCAAAUGUUCCCUUCAAGCCUCGAGGCAGAGAGUUUUCCUUCGAGGCUUGGAACGCUAAGAUCACAGACCUGAAGCAGAAAGUGGAAAACCUUUUCAAUGAAAAAUGCGGCGAAGCUCUUGGCCUUAAGCAGGCUGUGAAAGUGCCGUUCGCGUUGUUCGAGUCCUUCCCGGAAGACUUCUAUGUAGAAGGCUUACCUGAGGGAGUGCCCUUCCGAAGACCAUCCACGUUUGGCAUUCCGAGGCUGGAGAAGAUACUCCGGAACAAGGCCAAGAUCAAGUUCAUCAUUAAAAAACCUGAGAUGUUUGAGACGGCCAUCAAAGAGAGCACCUCUUCCAAAAGCCCUCCCAGGAAGAUAAACUCAUCGCCCAGUGUUAAUACCACUGCAUCAGGGGUAGAAGACCUCAACAUCAUCCAGGUGACGAUUCCAGAUGAUGAUAAUGAACGACUGUCCAAAGUUGAAAAGGCCAGGCAGCUUCGGGAGCAAGUCAAUGACCUGUUCAGCCGGAAGUUUGGUGAAGCUAUUGGGAUGGACUUCCCCGUGAAGGUGCCCUACAGGAAAAUCACCAUCAACCCCGGCUGUGUGGUGGUGGACGGCAUGCCUCCCGGGGUGACCUUCAAAGCCCCCAGCUAUCUGGAGAUCAGCUCCAUGAGAAGGAUCUUAGAUUCUGCUGAGUUUAUCAAGUUCACUGUCAUUAGACCAUUUCCAGGACUUGUGAUUAACAACCAGCUGGUGGACCAGAAUGAGUCAGAAGGCCCUGUGGUACAAGACUCGGCCGAGGCAAGCCAGUUGGAAGUUCCAGCAGCAGAAGAGAUUAAGGAAACGGAUGGGAGCUCACAGAUCAAGCAGGAGCCAGACCCCACGUGGUAGGCUGUGUCCGUCUAGGUUCCGCUUCCGGUGUGAGUAGUGGAGGAGAGCUUUCAGACCCGUUCCUGCCAGCUCUGUAAUAUACUUGUAUAACAGAAAUACCUUCUAUACAAACCUUCUUUUCUACUUUUAGAUAGAAAUGUCUUCUUUCUAGCAGUUCUGUGAAUUGAACUACGCAGCGUGAUGAGGCGCAUGCCUGGCUGGCUUGGGAAUGCACUAGAAGGAUUUCGCAGCAGUGCUGGAAAGAGACGGGGAAUGGCAGGGACAACUCUUAAUGUUUUUAUGCAUCGGGCAGAGCCUUGGGCUGCGGCGCGUGCUCCAGUCAGUGGAGAGCUCCCUGCUGGGCAUCUCGGCCUCCGCAGCGAAGAGAAUCCCUGUGCUAGUCAGUGCUUUAGUUUUUCUAUUGAAAAUCAUUUCCGUGAUCUUGCACUCGGCUCCCCUUCCUGCCCGAGGGAGGGCUGCUGUCUGUACAUGUGACUAAGCCUUUUCCUAAGCUCCUUCAUGGUUCCUCUGUUUUCACUGUAAUGAAAAGCAAAGCCGGCCCGGCUCACCCGACGGCCAUUGAGAAGCCAGUGUGUCCGCGUGCAGCUAGAGAGUGUGUUCUCAGAGCCUCUUCACCGUUACUUUGCAGCAAGUAAAUUUCUGGGUGUAUCCUGAAGGUCAGAGGUCGGAGGUCAGGUAUGCAUGCUUGAGCAGCUGGGUGACUCUAAACCCUCCCCAGCUGGGACCCACAGUGGCCUGGGGUGCUGCAGCUCUGGGUACAGUCAGGCUUGGCUGUGUGCCUGUAUGGUUGGUCUCUAACUGCCUGUCUAGCCAAGGCGCCAGCAUGGGGAGUGAGGCACCUGGGAGUUCACUCCCUCUGUGGGCCUACCUGUGGAGGCUCACCGAUGAUGCAGUUGUACAAAAUCAUGGCUCUUGGCCAGGCGCGGUGGCGCACACCUGUAAUCCCAGCACUCUGGGAGGCAGAGACAGGCGGAUCUCUGAGUUCGAGGCCAGCCUGGUCUAAAAAUAAUAAUAAUAAUAACAGCUCUCAAAAGUUAGAGGAUGUGAUGGCACAGUUCUCAGUAGCGUCACCAUGAUGUUCACAAUGGGAAAUUAUAUCACACGGUAGCAGAGAUAGGCAUUUUUAUGUGUUCCUUAUAUUUUACCUCAAAUUGUAGAUAUAGGGUAAUAAAUAAAAUCCAUCCAUGCCUUUCACAUGCAAACCCA